AUGGCCGAUCAAGAAGUGGAUCUGGAUUCGAUCAUCGAUCGCCUCUUGGAGGUGAGGGGCAGCCGUCCUGGCAAGCAGGUGCAGCUUUUGGAGUCGGAAAUUCGUUUCCUCUGCACCAAGGCUCGUGAGAUCUUCAUUUCCCAGCCCAUUCUGCUGGAGCUGGAAGCGCCCAUUAAGAUCUGCGGUGAUAUUCACGGCCAAUACUAUGAUCUCCUUCGUCUGUUCGAGUACGGCGGCUUCCCUCCCGAGGCAAACUACCUGUUCCUUGGCGACUAUGUCGACCGUGGCAAGCAGUCCCUGGAGACCAUUUGCCUGCUCUUGGCCUACAAGAUCAAGUAUCCGGAGAACUUCUUCAUCCUGCGCGGUAACCACGAGUGUGCCUCCAUCAACCGUAUCUACGGCUUCUACGACGAGUGCAAGCGCCGAUACAACAUCAAGCUGUGGAAGACGUUCACUGACUGCUUCAACUGCCUUCCCAUUGCGGCUAUCAUUGACGAGAAGAUCUUCACCAUGCACGGUGGUCUGAGCCCUGACUUGAACUCCAUGGAGCAAAUUCGCCGCGUGAUGCGUCCAACUGAUAUCCCCGACUGUGGUCUUCUUUGCGACCUCUUGUGGUCUGACCCGGACAAGGACAUCACGGGGUGGAGCGAGAAUGACCGCGGUGUCUCUUUCACAUUCGGGCCCGAUGUGGUAUCACGCUUCCUGCAGAAACACGACAUGGACUUGAUAUGCCGCGCGCAUCAAGUGGUGGAGGAUGGAUACGAGUUCUUCUCAAAGCGCCAGCUGGUCACACUGUUCAGUGCGCCCAACUACUGUGGUGAAUUCGAUAACGCCGGUGCGAUGAUGAGCGUCGACGAGUCUUUGCUCUGCUCGUUCCAGAUCCUAAAACCGGCCGAAAAGAAACAAAAGUACGUUUACGGUGGCAUGAGCUCCGGCGGAUCAAUGACCCCUCCGCGCAAGCAAAAGAAGAAGUAA